CACAAAAAAUACAACAACUUCUCAAAUCUAUUUAUUAUCUCGGCGUUCUCAUUUAUUCCAUCAAAUAUAAUUGAGUUAUUAUCUCCCUUCCUCUCUCUCUCUCUCUCUUGAUAUGGUGACAUUAGAAACUUCUUUACUUCCAUCAAAGCUAAAGCUAUCCAAUUGCCCUUCCUCUCUUCUUGUCACAAGGAAAAACAAGAAGAAAGAACUAGUAGCCAGGUUGGUGGGGCCUGCGAUUUUUGAGGCAUCAAAGCUCAAAGUUGUGUACUUGGGGGUUAACAAUAAUAACCAAGAUAAAAUGGAGCCUCCAAAACUUCCAAGAACUUACACACUCACACACUGUGACAUCACCUCUAAGCUCACUCUUGAAAUCUCACAAACCAUCAACACCUCUCAGGUGCAAGGAUGGUACAACAAAUUGCAAAGAGAUGAAGUGGUAGGUGUUUGGAAGAAGAUCAGAGGGAAAAUGUCACUGCAUGUACAUUGUCACAUUAGUGGUGGACACUUUCUUUUGGACUUUUUUGCUAAGCUCAGAUAUUAUAUCUUCUGCAAAGAACUCCCUGUGGUGCUUAAGGCAUUUGUGCAUGGAGAUGAAAAGUUGUUCAAGAAUUACCCAGAAUUGGAGGAAGCUUUGGCUUGGGUUUACUUCCAUUCGAACAUUCCAGAAUUCAACAAGGUCGAGUGCUGGGGCCCACUAUACUUGGCUACCAACGGGCCCCACUGCCACCUCUAUGAUGAUAUGGAGAUGCAUCACCAGCCAUGUCAGCAUUGCUGCACAUGUUGCACACCUAAUGUCUCCAAACCCACCAUUUAGUUAAUUGAUGUCUCCAAUCUCUUUAUUUAUAAAUUUAUAAUUGUCAUGUAUUUUUGCUAGAUUGUGAAGUAUUAAAGUGAAAUGCAUCAAGGAACUAUUUUGAUUGAAAAUUGGAAAGAAGAUAGAUACGAGUAUAUUUAGAAGCAUAUUUUAAGUAUAAGUGGGAGAUUGUUGUAGUAUGUAUAUUGAAAGCGUGUGUUUGAGUUAUGUUAAUAUAGUAUAUGAAUUCUAUCACACAUCGGUUAUGUAACAUAGCCUAGCUUAGUUUCUUGUACUAUAUAUAUGUGGCCUAUGUUUACUAAUGAAAUACAUACUACUAAUUUCUCCAUUA